AUGCAACUUCCCUUUAAAGCUGGGAUGAGCGACCAUGUGAAUUUAUCUUGUGUUAGAGAAGAGAAGCUUGCAGUUUCAUUACAGCGCCUCAGAUCUAUGCAUUUUGUGAUUGAGAUAUGGAUUACUACUAAGAUUGAGACCGGAAAGUUGUCGUGGAGCAAGUUCUUGACACUGGAUAUGAGACUAGAAUCCGAUAUCCUUGCGAUGUUCAGGAAUUUCUUCAUCGAGGAGGAGAAGAAAGUCGUCAUGAGUAUUUUUAAAAAGCGGGGAGACAAUACUCGCAACAGAGUUAACUUUAGUGGGGAGGAUAAGUACUUGAGAAGAUUUGAUCUUGGAUCACCUUCAGUCACAUGGUGUCGGGCAAGUGUGUGCUCUUAUGUUCCAAGUUUAACGCAAGUCAAGCAACAAAGCACUUUGGUCGAUAUGAAACAAAGCAGCCAAUCAAGAAAAAGCAAGUGA